AUGCUUGCGACACCUUCGAGCAGCGGCAACCCCCCUUCGGAGCCACCGCAGGCGCCGCAGCAGCAGCCGAAGCGCAAGCCGCGCAAACCUCGUGGUCGGGGGUUGCGCACGACAACCGGCUGUGCCGUCUGCCGCGCCCGCCAUAUGAAAUGCGAUGAAGUCAAGCCGAUCUGUGGGCCCUGUUCCAAGGGCAACCGCCCUUGCGUCUACCACGCGCCCGCCAAGACCGCACCCAGCACGCAGCCCCCUCCCGGCGCCGCCUCCUCGCGGUCCGCCCCGUCCGCUUCCCAACUUUCUCUCGACCAGCAGCCCGCCCUGCACCUGCAGCAUGCCCAAGCAACGCAGCAGCCCCCGCAGACGGCGGUCCAGUUCCGCCUGCCCUCCCUCCAGCAGGUCUCGCAGCAGCCAGGUGAGAUGGCGCAGGGCGGAGCGUCUCUCGCGCCCGCGGCACAGGUGCGCUGGGAUCCGUCGGUUGGGGUUCCAGUGCUGCGGGAAACCGCCCGCGAGGACCAGGCGGCGGGCGAGGGCUCAGCAGCAGCACAGCAGCACAUCUCCCCACCUGUGACAUGGACUGGCCCCGAGGACACCAUGAGUCCGCAGAGCACCCUGAGCUCCAAUGCCUACUCUGCUGAGAUUGCCCCCCUGCGCUGGUUCGGUCUUCUGGCCGACGACGCAGACAAUCUUCACCCUGUAGAGUUCAGUGGCCAACCGCUCGGUCAACGCUCCCACACCGCAGACGAAUCAAGCUUCAAUAGUCUGCGCGCGGCCAGCUUUUCUACGCAGGGCUUCCACAGCCCCUCGGUCUCUGUGGGUACUCCUGUCGCCAGCUUCCCGCCCCGCAUCUCUUCGACGCCCGGGUCGCAGCCCGACGCCCCAAUGAACACGGCGGAGCAAAAGUGUUGGCAAAGCACCGUGAUUCUGCGCGACGACGAGAUACCUGUUUUUAGGCACUUUGUCGACAACCUUAGCUUUUGGCUGGACUUGUACGACCCGCUCAAGCACUUCUCUUCGCUCGUCCCGCAGCUGGCAAUGAGGAACGAGGGCUUGAUGAAGGCGAUCCUGGCCCUGUCGUCUCGCCAUCUCUCCAUCAGACCCGGCAUCAACGGCGAGACAAUGGACCGCACUGCAGCAGUGCAGUACUAUGCCGAGACGCUCCAGUACCUCCAGGGCGCCAUGCGCUACGAGUCCUUUAACCGCAGCGUCGAGCUGCUGGCAACGGCGCUGAUCGUCUCCAAGUACGAGAUGAUCGACGGUGCCGGAAGCGGCUGGGAACGCCACCUAAAGGGCGUCUUCUGGAUUCAACGGUCGCAAGAUAUCAACGGGCAAUCUGGCGGGCUCAAGCAGGCGGUGUGGUGGAGCUGGCUGCGACAGGACGUAUGGGCUGCCUUCCGUGAGCGGAGGCGCUGCUUCAGCUUCUACAAGCCUACUCGACCCUACCAGCUCAUGGAUCAAUACGACAUGGCCUCGCGAGUCGUCUAUCUGCUCGCGCAGGCCGUCAAUUAUGCGUCGGAAGAGGAGACCAAGAUGGGCGAGGUGAACUUACAGUUGAGGAUCGACCGGGCGGAUAUGCUGUUCAAUAUGCUAGAGGAAUGGCGCAUGAACUUGACCGUGCAUUUCAACCCGCUGCCUCUGCAUAGCGCCGAGACUGAGAAUAGCGGCCCAUUCAAACCCAUUUGGAUAAACCCACCUGGCUUUGCCGCCGCUAUCCAAAUGCACCACUUUGCCCGCAUCCUCCUCCUCAUCCACCAGCCCGCCGCUGGUGGCUAUCGCGAGUAUCUGGCGCGCGAGAAGGAACUCCACAACGCCAUCGACAUGAUCGUUGGCCUCGCCAUGACCAUUGACUACGAGCCGGCCGAAGUCGUCUCUACGCAGUGUCUCUACGCUGCCGGGCUGUACGCAAACGAAGUCUUCAAGCGCGAGAAGAUCUGCGAGCUCAUCGAGAAGCAUCAACGCAGCACCGGGUGGCCAGUACAGAGCCUUGCCGACGAACUACGUAACGAGUGGGCCAGGACCAGACCACCUUGA